AUGGCCAACAACAAGGUUGUUAUUAGAGAGUUUGAUGAAGAUAGAGAUGUUAAGGUUGUAGGGAAGCUUGAAAGAAACUGUGAGAUUGGAACUACUAAAAAGGGUUUCUCCAUUUUCACCAACAUGAUCACUGACCCUUUAUCUAGGAUUAGGUUCUAUCCCAUUCGUGUUAUGUUGGUUGCUGAGCUUGUUGAAUGCAGGGAGCUUGUUGGAGUUGUUAGAGGCUGCAUUAAAAGUGUGCAAACUUCCUCUGGAUCACUCUUCAAGAUGGGUUGCAUACUAGGCCUUAGAGUCUCUCCUACACACAGGAGAAAGGGGGUUGGACUAAAACUUGUGUCCUCAAUUGAAGAAUGGAUGGUAAGGAAUGGUGCUGAUUAUGCAUUCCUAGCCACUGACAAGAACAACAAUGCUUCAAAAAACCUAUUCACCAACAAAUGCAACUAUGUGAAUCUCAGUUCACUUAUCAUAUUUCUCCACCCAACUACUUUCCCUAUAAUAAACCACAUUUCCAAGGAUAUCAAAAUAGACAAAAUAAAUAUAGACCAAGCAAUUUUUUUAUACACAAGACUCUUGAAAACCAAAGAUUUGUAUCCAUUAGACAUGGACAUUAUUCUCAAAGAGAAACUCAGUUUAGGAACUUGGGUUAGUUAUUACAAAGAUCAAGACUUCAAACUCAACGGCGCCGAAGACAUUAUUCUUACAGAUAAAGUCACAGCAAACUCAUCAUGGAUCAUUUUUAGUUUAUGGAACACUUCUGAAGCUGAUGAGGUUCAAGAUGUCAAAACAAAGUUAUCUCAACCACUUAGGUUUCUUCAUGCGACAUUAAAUCACGCAAAGGACAAAAUAUGUCCGUGUUUGAGAAUGUUGAGGAAUGAAUCAUUAAUGUGUAAUAACAGUUUCGGGUUUCUUUUUGUUUAUGGACUUCAUGGGGAAGGAGAGAAUCUUGGAGGGUUAAUGGAAUCAGUAUGGAGGUUUACAUCAAGAAUAGGAGAAAAGUUAAAGGAGUGUAGAGUUGUGAUAACUGAAUUAGGGUUUGGUGAUCCACUUAUAGACCAUGUUCCUCAAGUUGAUUCUAUGACUUGUGUUGAUGAUAUGUGGUACACAAAAAGACUUGGAAAUCACAGUGAUGAUCAAGUGGUGGAGGUGAUGAAGAAACAAUUAGGGAAUGUGUUUGUUGAUCCUAGAGAUUUUUAG